GCGAACCAAGAUGGCGGACAUCGGAACGUAACAUGAGUAACAGGUAUGACCUCAGAAGCACCGAAUCGGGACUUAUCGUAUCUAGUUUCGACAUAGGGAGCUUACUGGUCGUCGUCUUCAUAUCGUACUUCGGAGGGAAAGGUCAUCGAACGAGAUGGGUCGGAAUUGGAGCUAUUGUCGUAGCAAUGGGGUCGGUUCUGUUUGCGACGCCUCAAUUCAUAGCAGCACCAUAUGAGCUACCUGGGACAACAAACUCAAGCCUUAGUCCACACGAGCACCUGUGCAGUUCUAACAAAACAACCAAUUCAAGCUCGGACGACCCGCCAUGCGAAGCGAAAGAAGCAAGUUCGUUGUAUAUUUGUCUAUUCGUGAUAUCAAACAUGAUAAUCGGAAUCGGAUCAACUCCGAUAUAUACAUUAGGUACUACGUAUCUAUAUGACAAUGCACCGAGAGAAGACUCAUCGUUAUACAUAGCUAUCAUGUAUCUAAUGGGAGCGAUUGGACCUGCGCUCGGAUACGUAGUCGGAGGAGCGUUGAUCAAUUUUUACGUCGAUCCGUGGAUGGAAGGAGUUCCUUCAGACGAUCCUAGAUUCAUCGGGGCCUGGUGGUCUGGAUAUAUUCUCUGUGGAAUAUUAAUCGUCAUUUCAUCGAUACCUAUACUUGGAUAUCCAAGAAAGCUUCCGAAACCAAAAGCAAACAUAAGUGACGGCGCUUCAGUGGGAAACCAGACACCGGGAACGCCAGUUACCACUGUCACCGUAUCCGACGACGAAGAAGCACCUCCACAGAAUGACGGGAUGAAUCCGAUGGAUGCCUCAAUGAAUUUCGGGAAGAACAUUAAAGAUCUUCCGCGGGCGUUUUUCUCUCUACUAAGCAAUCCUAUAUUUCUAUGCAUUACUGUCACUGCUACGUUAGAGUUCUCAAUAGUUACUGCAUUCCUGACUUUCGUUCCGAAGUAUCUGCAAAAUCAGUUUGGGGUCGACCCUUCACAGGCGAGCAUAUAUACCGGCGUUGUUCUGGUACCGAGUGCAGGCGGUGGAAUCAUGCUUGGGGGAUAUGUAGUAAAAAGACUUCGUUUGAACAUGACUGGAUGUGCAAAGGUGGCGCUCGUGAGCAAUAUAAUAGCGAUACUGCUGUUCGUAACCGUGUUUCUGAUAUUCUGCCCCACAACGGACAUUAUUGGGAUAAAUGGUCAGACAUGCGGAGAAUGCUUAUGUGGAACAACAGCUUACGAACCAAUAUGUUUCUCAGAUGUAACCUAUUACAAUCCAUGCUUGGCGGGGUGUACUGAUGUCGUUUACUCCAAUGAUUCACAGGCAUCAGCGAUAGAAUACCUCAACUGUUCGUGCAGUUCAACUGCUAAAGUCGGAAUCCCGGGAAUGUGCGAGAGAGACUGCACAGGAUAUUUCAUCCCUUUCAUGGCGUGCUUGUUUCUGGUGACAAUGGCCACUGCAAGUGCCCAGACACCUGCAUUAAUGGUCACUCUACGAUGCGUCAAAAAUGACGAACGACCUUUUGCAAUGGGACUUCAAUUCGUGUUCUUCAGAGCGCUUGCAUACAUUCCAGCACCCAUAUACUUUGGCGCAGCCAUAGACAGAGCUUGCCUCAUCUGGAGAGGAUCGUCAAACGGAUGUGAACAAGGCGAGGGAGCUUGCCAGGUUUACGAUUCCAGUCUGUUUCGUUACAUCUACUUCGGUCUUGCAGUUUCGCUCAAAUUUACUGCCGGUCUAUUCGUACUCCUAACAUGGGCAUUGUGUCGAAGAGAGUAUACCAAGCAUGACCAUACCACCAAGUAUAGAAAAGAGCGCCAGAAGAAAAAGCACAACAAAGAUCGCAAAGCAAAUGGCACUAAGGGAAGUCAAGGAUCGAAUACAUAUGGUGCUGUGUAUGGAAGAUCUCAAGUAGACAAUAUGGGAAGUGCGGCACUUCCAGGAAUCGAAGAAGGAGAGUAUUCUGGCGGAGGGAGCCAAAGAGCAAGUAUAAAUAACAACAACUCGACGAAAAGCCGACCGUCCUCGGUUCCUGCUUCCAUAGACAUCUUACAUAACAGUACUCUGACGAACAUUGUUUCAAGUAGCGAAAGCGAGAGUUCUAUGGGUAGUGGUGGGAGUCAAAAACCGCUUAUGUCAAGCAGAGGAGCAAAGUCUAGGCCUAUUGACCCUGUCAGAUCAACAACACCAGGGCUGAGUGCGAGCGAUCUUGAACUAAAAGUCGUGCCUGAAAGCCAUUUCGAUUAUAAUAUGCAAAACUUAGACGUCACCGAUGUUGCUUUAUGAAGCAGUUAGUUGUUAUUUAAAUUUUUAUACAAAGUGUUAAAAACACUGUUCCUUUAUAAUCUAUGCUUAUUUACUCUCACCACGCAGUUUUGCGUGAUUAUGCCUUCCGGUUUCAUGAAGUCGUCCAGAUGUCUGUAAUUGUGAUAUAUGAUAUGCUGCUGCCCAAUUCUAGUAGAGUUUCAAUUAACUCUAGAAUUAAAAAAGAAAAGAAAAUGAAGCAUUUUUGAAGCGCCAUCAAAUUACUUCUUACUUGUUUACAUACCCUCGUGUAUUUACAUUUGACCCCGAAAAGCAUCCACUGGUAUGUACAGAGCUAUCGUAGGUCGUAGAAAUGGUGAUAGGAAACAAAAAGUAAGACUUUUUAUUACGCUACCAUAUGAAUACUUUUUUUUUUCUUUAUCCACAUACAACGCGUAUUUGUACGCAAAACCACUGAUACGAACAAAGCUAUCUCGACUAUUGUUCAUCUGAGAUACUAAUACCUCGAUCAGUCGAAAUAUUACAGAAAUAAAUUUCAAAAGUUUCCAAAAUUACAGUUAUUUGUGAGCUGUCAGAUCUGAAUGCAAGCGGAUAGUGAUCUCUUGAAAAAUGCAAUUUAAAAUUUCCAUUACUAUUCAUGUAACGCUGACAAUCGGUAAUUUUAUAUGUAAUUUUUCAUUCUUUUCUCAAUUUUAUUUAUAUACGAUUGUUAAUGCAAGAAACUAUGAUAUUAUUAAUCAAUCUAUGUAUUUUAUGUCUCUUUUUAAUGAUUUAUUUCUACCUCAAAUAUGUGGAAUAAGUAUGCACGACGAAGAUAGCUACACGUCCAAUGUGUCCCACAGCAAGAAUUUGCAGCAGAAUGACGCAUAAGCCAGAUCUUACCAAAUUGCAUGAAAGUGAUUGAAACUAGUGCAAGCAAAAACGAACCAUUUGAAAAAACGCGAGUACCGUGAAACUAUAUUCUCUUUUAUCUACACCUGUAUUUACUAACUGCACGUUAAAAAACCUAAUAUUUCAUUCCUCGCAAUAGCUAGGGCAAUUUUUAAUAUGUCGUGCUUUCAACCCUCGUAUGUACAUGCUAUUUUUUGAAACAUCAGCUCGCAAUUGUCUGGCUAAUUUAUUACACUCUGCGUGAGAUGGUGGGAAUUGGACUAAAUUCACAUUCAAGAAUAAUUGGCCCCGUGUGUGUGUCGGGAUAUUAAAAACGUUUCCAAAUCUUCGUCGUGCGCAUUCUAUUUAAACAUAAUUUUUGCAUUAAUUUUUAUGCGUUGUCAUAUUUGAGAAUAAAAUGUCAUAACUUUAUUUCGGGCCGCCAAAAAAUCGAGAUAUCAUAAAAUAUAUUUAGACUAAACAUAGUGGAAUGCCAUUCACAAGGACAGUGUUAACUUGAUUGUAAUGGCGUAACAAAUUAUAUAAAACAAACUUUAUCCAAUUUUUUUGGUGACAGUUUGUAUUUAAUCUUAAAUGGCAACAACUUCGUUCAAUAAUUUAACUCAUACCCAUAUGAUAUGUUUAAUCUAAGUUUGAUAAUUGUCUGUAACACUAAAUUUAAUACAAUCUUUAUUUUAUUCAUGUACGCAAGGGAUAUCGAUACAUUAACCUAUUGUGUUUUAUCAAACAUAAAAUAUGAUUAUUAGGGGCGACAAGUACAAAACUAUCCCCAUGCCAUAUCUAGCACACAGGAUGUACGCCAUUUAUAGCAACGACUUAUCACAAUAGUUGACUAUUGUUCUUCAACUCAUGCUAGGUUCGAACUCACACAUGUCCUAUCCUAAAAGUAUGUCUUGUUUAAUCAGACAGACAUAUUAAAACAGACCAGUAGCAAUGACCUAUUAUUACUGUUUGAGCUUAAUGUCUUACAACCUAUUUUGGGGCUCAGACAGAAGAGCAUUUGUUGUUUUUGCGCCUGAAUUUCCAAGUUACUCAGGAUUGCAUCUAAAUAUCGUUAAUAUAUUUAAAUAUUAAUCCAUAAUAUUACUAUAUUACGCCUACUGUUUAGCAUUCCACAGUGCAAUGAAAAAUGUACCGGUUUGAUAUUGGAGUGCAUGCGAACAAGUAUCGGUAUUUCCAGAGUUAAUGGCAGAGCGAGAUUGCGUUUAUAUAACGAUAACCAGUGUGUGUGCAACUCGGUUUUUAUGAUUUAUCGUUUCUUUCCGACUUUUUCGUAAUUUCUAAUCUGAUUUUGUCAUUCUUGUAUUCAUUUUUUGCAAUUUUGCACUUUGAAUAAAAUUUCAAUUAUUGAU